AUGUCAUCAUCCUCCUCACCUCAAGGCAACGGCACCAACAUCACCAAACUCACAAACUGCCGUCUUGUCAUCAACGACUCCCUCGUUUCAUCCGACCUCUUCAUCUCCUCCCAAACCGGCAAGAUCCUUGAACCCUCCUCCUUCACCCUCGUCCCGGACGUCACCAUAGAUCUCCAAAACCGCAUCCUCUCCCCCGGUCUAAUCGACUGCCAAGUCAACGGCGCCUUCGGCUUCAACUUUUCCUCCUUCACCUCUUCCGCCGAAUACAAAGAAAACAUCCACACCCUCAACACCAAACUCAUCUGCACGGGCGUGACCUCGUACCUGCCCACCUUAACCUCCCAAACGCCCGAGCUGUACCACUCCGUCCUGCCACACCUCGGUCCUCUCGAUCCUACAACCAUCUCUGAAAACCCUUAUUACCCCAGGGGCAGUUCCAUAUACGAGAAAACCGAACGCUCCCGCAACUGCAUCCGCGCCGUCAUUCGCAGACCCGGAAAUGGCUCCGAAUCUCUAGGCGCCCACGUCGAGGGACCCUUUCUCUCGCCUUCUCAGCACGGGAUCCAUGACCUUUCCGUGCUGCGCACCACCGUCAGUUCUUGGCAAGACGUGGAAGAAGUCUACGGCCAUGCCAAUGUUUCGUCUUUAAGAAGAGGCGGAAAAAUCAAAAUGAUCACUCUCGCCCCCGAACUCAGUUCUACCGUCAGUAUCAUCCCCGAGCUAGUCGAAAAAGGCGUGGUAGUCUCCUUAGGCCACACCGAGGCUUCCCUCUCCGAAGCAUCCGCAGCAGUUAGAUCCGGAGCAAAGAUGAUCACCCACCUCUUCAACGCCAUGAAACCUCUUCACCACCGGGACCCAGGUCUGUUUGGUCUGCUGGGCUUACCCGAAGACCAGAAAAAGGAGUUAUUCUACGGCGUCAUAGCCGACGGCAUCCACGUGCACUCCACCAUCGUUUCUCUAGCCUAUAACCUGCACCCGCAAGGUUUCGUCCUGGUAACAGACGCGAUGCACCUAUCUGGCAUGCCAGAUGGGAAGUACGAGUGGGUCAAUGGCGGACGCAAAGAAUGGAUUGAGAAGAAGGGAAGUCAGUUGUGUAUUGCUGAACCACCAUCACCCUCGCUGCCACCCCCUUCACACCCUGCGCCAUCGCGAAGGUCAUCAACAUCAUCCACAUCAUCCACAGACUCCUCACACCUAGCAUACCUAGACAGAGAAACGCGAGCUGAAGUCGAAGCCGAACGAGCAGCCAUCAAAGAAAUAACGCAGAUGGAGAAGAAAGACAGCAUACUUUCUCCCGGAUGUGCAGCAAUGUGCAAGGCCAAAGCAGCAAGCUUGAAGGCAAAGUACGGAAGGAGGGAGAAGGAGAUGAUGGGUGAGCCGAAGAAGAAGGGAAGGCAGGAAGAGAAGGAAACGAAAGAAAAGAAAUGGGGAGGAAUAGCAGGCUCAUCCGCCACGCUUCUCGAAUGCGUAAAUAAUCUGUUGCUAUGGACGGGUAUGUCAAUACCAAAAGCGCUGGCGAGCGUGACUAGUACGCCGGCGGAGAUGUUGGGGUUGGAAUCUGUGAAAGGGAGUUUGCAGCCGGGAGCGGAUGCAGAUUUGGUGGUGUUUGGGGAGGUGGAUGUUGAGGUGGAGGAUUUGCUGGGUGGAAGUGGAAGUGGGAAGACAAAAAGGAAGCAGUUGGUUGUUGAGGAGGUUUGGAAAUUUGGGGUGAGAGUUUUUUGUGAGAGAGGGGAAUGGGGAUGGGACUGCUGUCGCGGGUGCGAGCGCAUGAUGGGAGGGAGUUGGAACUUGGUGGAUGAAGUCUUGGUCACCUGCAGCUUGGUUUCUUUGGAGCGCGGGUAG